AUGAUGAACAAAACCAGAGCGUACAAUUGGUACAUCUCGCUUGUUGCAGCAUCUUGCAUGGUGCUCUAUGGAUACGAUGCCUCCGUCUAUAAUUCUGUCCAAGGCUCGAAGCAUUGGGUUGCCUAUUUCAAUCAUCCCGAUACAGAGUUGAUUGGAGCUGUUAAUACAGCUUACAAUGUCGGAGCUAUCAUCUCAGGGUUCUUUCUUGGUGGCCCAUUGGCAGACUUUUUGGGCCGAAGAUGGGGUAUGGGAAUUGGUUGCUUCAUCACAGUGAUCGCAACUUUCAUGCAGACAUUUGCCCCAAAAGGAAACCUUGGGGUUUUUAUUGCCGGGCGUGUUCUCAUCGGAAUCGGGCAAGGAACUGCUUUGACGGCAGGACCUGUUUACAUUGGUGAACUUGCUCCAGUCCACAUUCGAGGAAAGAUCAUGGCUUUCUGGCAGCUGUUCUAUUCGGUCGGCUCUUUUAUCGCGUACUGGAUAAACUACGCAUGCUCUUUGCAUCGUGCAAAGCUUGGGGAUUGGGAUUGGAAGACUGUUGUAAUCUUUCAGAUGAUGGUGCCAAUACUGAUCAUGACCCUCCUACCAUUCAUUCCAGAAUCACCCCGCUGGUAUAUCCAACACGGAGGUCAAGUCGACAAAGCACGCGCCUCGCUCCGCCGCGUCCGCGAAACAGAGCAGGAUGUCGAAGACGAAGUACUCGUCAUCCGCGAAGCCCUCGAAUUCGAAAAAGAAGCCAUCUCCUCAUCCUACACAGCCUUGUGGAAAGACCGCUCCGUGCGCAAGCGUCUCCUCCUCGCCUUUGUCCUGAACGUGGGACAGCAGCUCACGGGCCAAGGAACCCUCAACACAUACUCGACAUCCAUCUAUAAGAAAGUCUUCACCUCAUCUAGCACAAUUGCGCUCAUCAACGCCCUGAACGCCACGUUCGGGAUCAUCUUCACCCUCAACGCCGUGUGGACCGUCGACCGCUUCGGCCGCAAGGCCCUGCUCAUCGUCGGCGCGAUAGGCAUGUCCAUCUGCAUGCUCAUCGUCACCGAAGUCGGCUUGCAGACGCCGACACUGAAAGGCGGCUCCAAGUCCCACCCCGUCGGUAUCGCCAUCCAGUUCUUCCCGACCUUUUUGAAGAACUGUGGCUUCAAAACAUUCUACUUCUUCUUCGCAAUAAACAUCUGCCUAGCAGCAUUCGUCUGGUUCCUAAUCCCCGAGACCAAGAAAGUGUCACUGGAAGAAAUAGAUGUGAUAUUCGGCGGCUCCAAUCAUGUUGAGAAGGGAGGAGAUUUGCUACACGUUGAGGAUACUCACCAUGCUACGGAUGCUACGGAAAUGAAGUGA